AUGUCGUCUGCAGAACAAUCUACUCCCCCUAACCGGGAUAUCAUCGAAGAGAAGCCUCCAUUGACACACGCCAUGUCUGCCGGCGCGGUCUCAAUCAGUCCGGAACUCUUCGAGAAGCUUUACCUCACUCCGAAGGUUCCCCAUGCCGGUGACAACCUCAAGCGCUUCGCCAAUCCGACUCCUCUCGGCUUCGUUGGCUUCGUCAUUUCAACCAUGACCUUCUCAAUGGUUAUGAUGGGCUGGGGUGGAGCAGAGGGUCUUUCGCCUGUCGUCGGGAUUUUCUUCUUCGUCGGGCCUCUUCUCCUGACACUGACGACAAUCUUUGAAUGGAUCAUGGGCAACUUCUUCCCAAUGAUGGUGUGCGGCCUGUUUGCUGUGUUCUGGCUCAGCUUUGGCAUGUUACAAUUGCCAACGCUUGGACUGGCAGCGCCCUACUCUCCCACCGGCACCAACGCUGUCGUCGGUGCUGGGUCCAAGGAAUACAACGCCGUCAUUGCCCUUUAUCUGAUCGUCUGGGGAUUUGCGCUCUUCACCUUCUUCAUCUUCACGCUCAAGACCAACCUGAUCUUUGCGCUGAUAUUCCUGUUUGUCACCCUCGGUGCCUGGGUCCUCAGCGGCGCGUAUUGGAAGGUUAGCACGGGCGACUUCGACGCCGCAGGAGAUUUGCAAAAGGCUGGUGGCGCCCUUCUAUUCGUGGUAGGCUGUCUUGGCUGGUACAUGACGUUCGUGAUGAUGGCGGCUGAGAUGCGCAUGGCUAUCACCCUUCCCGUAGGCGACCUCAGCCACUUUUGGCCCAAGACCGACAUCGAGAUGGGCCGAGCCGAGAAGGAGGCUUGA